AUGGAAGUAAACACGGCUGUAUUACUGGUUGGUGGUAAAGGAAGCAGGUUGUACCCGCUUACUGCAACGAGGCCUAAGCCACUGGUUCCAUUUCUGAACAAGCCCAUUAUUGAGUAUCAGAUUGAAAUACUGGUUAAAACAGGAAUCAAAAAGAUAAUUCUGGCCUUGAACUAUUUUUCAGAACAGAUCAAGGCCAAGGCAUUGCUGUGGGAGCAGAAGUAUGGGAUUGAGGUGAUUUAUUCGAAGGAAGGGGUGCCACUUGGGACGGCUGGGCCACUCAAACUGGCUGAAAGACACAUCAGUGGAGAUGGAUUCAUCGUAUUCAAUACGGAUAUUUAUGCAUUUGUAGAAUUGGACAAAAUGAUAGGUCGAUUUGUGGAGUUGAAUGAGACUGGAAAGUGUGUUGCACUGAUCAUGACCACUGAUAUCGAUGAUCCAACUCGUUUUGGGCUGAUUAAGACGGAUGGAGAUCGAGUAGUUGAAUUCAUUGAGAAACCUGACAAAUACACAGGCAACAUAAACACGAUCAAUGCUGGAAUGUACGUGUUCAGUAGAGAAAUACUGAAUAAAAUCCAUUUACGGGAGACAUCGAUUGAGAAGGAGAUCUUUCCUGAAAUAGCAGAAGCUGGUCACAUGAGAAUAUUCAACUUGGAUGGAAUAUGGUGUGAUAUUGGUGUUCCAAGGGAGUAUUUGAAUGGGCAGAAGAUGGCAUUGGAGCUGUCUGGUGAUUCUGGGCGAAAUGUUGUUCUAGGACAAGGCGUAGAAGUGGCUGAUGGAGUUGAAUUGGAGAAUUGUGUCCUAUUGGAUAACGUGGUAGUGGAAAAAGGAUGUGUGAUCAAAAAUGCAUUGAUUGGAAAGGGCUGUGUGAUCAAAGCCAAUACAAUAAUCAAUGAUGAAGAGACACUGGUGUUGAAGGAUAAUACGGUGUAUCCUAACGAAUGUUGUGGUGGUUUCUGUGGAUGUAUUUAA